UAAAAGAAAUGGCUACUAAAACAGUAAAUAACUCUGUUUCGAUUCAAUCUAAAAAUGCAAGAAAUACAGUUAGUCGUCUUGCUUCAGCAUCGGUCGGCAAGAAGAAACGAGAGACGUGGACUGAUGGUGAAACUGAAUCGUUGCUCUCUCAUGCCAUCAUUAACAAGGAUUCCAUUGCUGGAUCUUUCAGUGCUCUUGUGACAAAGGAAACUCGCAAGCAAGCUUGGGUGCUUAUUACAGAGUGCAUUGUGUUGGAACAUCCCGAUUGUCCACCAAAACUUCCUGAUGCUGUGAAGAAGAAGUUUGGCAAUUUUGAGCAAAAAGCCCGUCAGAUCAUUCACAAUCAUAAAGCUGGAUUGAGCGAGACAGGUGGUGGCCCAUCAACUGCCCCAUUGAAUCCUUUGUACCAAAAGUAUUGGGAUGAAUACUUGGGCAUUGACAAUCCUUGUGUCACAUCAACCAUAGAGGGCGCGAUUGACACCGAAGCAGUUGAUGAAUUGCUCACCGGGCAAGAAAGGGAUUUGAUUCAGCACUUCUUGGGCAGGGAGCCAAAUGAAAGUCACAAUACUGACCUUUUUCAAAGGACUGAUGAGUCGUCGGAGGAUAACAGCCAGUUUUUGGGUGAGCAGAGUAACGAUGGAGAUGAGACAGGAUUAUCUGCUGAUGAUGAAAGAGGAGAACUUCGUCUAUCUUUUGACAACGCUCUUUCCAACUCUACGCCAGAAGACUCUUUGACUUUACGGGCCCCAAAGAAUACGCAAAAGCGUCCAUCAAGUGCCAUGGCUGUUUAUUCCGGUGGCCGAACGACCCCUGCAGCUGAAUCGUCCCUUCAUUCUAUUUUAAAUAACAGUUCCAAGCGCAAUUCCAAAACCCUCAGGGAGACCAAGAAAACUACGCAAUUCAAGCUUUGUACUACAAGUGAGACGGCUGGCCACGCCCGCAUGAUGGAGACACGCUUGCGACUACUCUCUGCUGCCAUGGAGGUGCGUAACAAGUUAAACAAUCCAAUGACUGCUGCCGAAAUCCCAAAAGACUUACAAGACAUUAUCUUUGAUCCUUACGAAAACAUUUGA